UCGAAGUUUAGUUCGCGUUGAAAGUAAACAACUGCCUUCGCGAUGGGGUAAAUCCUUGAGUUUUCGAGGUUAAACGUCAGUAUUAGCGCUAUAUCAUAUUAGGAAAUGCCCACGAAGAAGAAGAAAAAACUGAAAGCAAAAAACCUGGGCGAACAAGAAGAGACAGAAUCUUCAGAAUCAGGAAAACUCAGUGAAACCCAUGAAGUAGCCCAACAUCUAUCAAGAACAAGACUAGACAAAGAAAAUGCAAGUACUACAAGAAAAACAAGGUCCAUGUUUCAACAAAAAGAUGCCGAUCCAUAUGAUGCAGAUUCUGAACCUGAACAAGGUGUCUUGCCAUCCAUGAUUGUGGAUCAAAACAUUCCUUUGGGGCAACAGUUCUUGCAAACCCAUCCACAUUUAUUUCACCAAGAACAUUCCACACCAAGCAUACAACCAGAGAGAAGUGUGUACAGUUCAUGUUAUGGGUUUGAUGACUUGGUAUCUCCCCUUCCCUUCUCUCCUGUCGGAGAACCAAAAGUGCCUCCUCCAUGUGUUGCUAGGUCUCCUGGGUCUAUUUCUGUCUCUUCAUCAGUUACAUCUAUUUCUCCAAGAAAAAGGAAAGCUGACCUCAGAGUGUUUGAUGUACCAAUUGAAAAACCUACUAAGAAGAUAAAGAAAAAGAAAACAACCAAAAUUUUGGAUUUAGAGGAUAACGACUGGGUAUCUGAAAUGAAAUCUCAGUUUGAGGAAAUAGAAAUGGUUGAGCUUGUUGUUGACUAGAUUGCAGCAGUUAUAAAGAAAUUUGAAAGCACGGAAUGUUUCAUAAAUAUUUGGUGUAUCCUGCGAAAGGGAAGUUAGUGGCGAAGGUUAAAAGGACACCAAUUGCAGGCUCAUCUCCAGUUGCUAUGGUCAUAUGAAGUUACCGCUUCCCACUGUGAUAAUACCUCUGUUAUUUGUAUUUAUUGAUUUUGCAAUGCACAACCUUUAAAGUUACUGUUACUGUUUAUUUCUUGUCAUUUUUUCCAUGCAGUUAAUAUUUUUCUAGCAAAGACUCAGGUUAUCUGCUCAGAGCCCAUGAAAACUCUGGUAUUGCAAUAUCCUAUGGCUAGUUUUUAACUGCAAUAACUCAAAUAUUUUUGUAACUAGUCACUCACAGUUGUGAACUGAAUUUCAUGACACUAGAUAUAAAACUAAAGCAUAAUCAUCAAAAAAAGAACUGCAUCUAAAACUUGUUAAAAAU